AUGGACACCCCAACAUCGACCCGAGUUGCUUGGCAUCCCCCACCUGAUGGCUGCGUGAAAAUAAACUUUGACGGAGCAACUUUCAAGGACAUCAAUAAGGCUGGUCUUGGAAUCGUUAUUCGGGAUGGGUCUGGACAGGUGCUGGCAUCCCUAUCAGAGCAGAUUCAACUACCCUACUCAUCGGACCUGGUUGAAGCAAUGGCAGCGGCAAGAGCUAUCUAUUUUGCUACAGAACUUGGUUUUUCUAGUUACAUCUUGGAAGGUGAUUCAGAACUAAUAAUCAAGGCACUAAAGAAUGAGGAAGACUCACUUGCACCCUUUGGUCACAUCCUAGCUGCAACCAAAACCUCAACAGAUGUCAGUUGUAUUUCAUUUUCCCACAUUCGUAGACUUGGCAAUUCUAUUGCUCACAACCUUGCAAAACAUGCACGACAUGUUGCGGAUUUAAAGGUGUGGAUGGAGGAUGUUCCUCCACACCUCUAUUCUGUAUUGUUAUCCGACCAUGGUUGA